AUGGACAAAAUAAUUGAAACUAGUGAUGAUGGAAAUUAUCAUAAUCAUAAUGAAAAUAAUAGUAAUGACAAUGGCAAUAAUUUACAAGGUCUUGAAAACUCCAUACAUUCUUUAAACCAGUGGAUACUACCACCACCACCACUACAUAUCAGAAAUACUAGUACCAAUAAUAUUGCUAAAACCAACAUCCCUAAAUCAAAUCAAUGUAAAAACAAAAAUUAUGCAGAAAAAAUCAUUGAACUUCACAGAAAAUUAAUUUUUUUGAACGAAAAUGAAUCAUCCUCAAAUAUAUCAACUGAAGAAAUUGAAGGUACUACAGAUAUGCAACUUUUAACUUCUGAUGAGGGUUCUUUAUCACAUCAAGGAAAAAACAAUGAACCAUAUGUACUAGUUGAAUCAAGAAGUGGAAAAGGUGAUUUCGUACUAGUUGAACAAAGAAAUGACCCAUGGAAUUUCGUACUAGUUAAACAAAGAACUGAACCAUCUGAAUCAUUACUAGUUGAACCAAAAACUGAACCAUCUGAAUCAUUACUAGUUGAACCGAAAACUGAACCAUCAAGUGUUUUACCAGAUACUGGAUUCCAUAUUUUAUUCUCAACUAAUGAAACAGUUGACAUUACCACUAAAGAAGACAAUACACAAAAAACAAAACCAAUCAUAAGACAAAAGAAAACUUCCAAGCCCAAAAAGGCUGUGGCUUCUAGGUCGGACACGUCAUUUACAAAGUCCAGGCCCAAGAGAGCAUGUGCUAUUGACAGAACUACUGAGGACAAAAAAACUGGUGUAUGUAAACUAGGAAAACAAAAAGAUGGCAGUUGGAAAUUACCAAUUAAAAGUAUUUCAUUACCAAUGUUUCAAUGUCCAAUUUGUAAUGAGUAUUUGGUAAGUCCAGAGUCACGCAAAACACAUGAAGUUAGAGAGCAUUCCAAGCUGCUUGAGUGGUUAAAUAAUAAACCUGUGGAUGUUGAUUCUACCCCCAAAAAUGAGGCUUGUACUGAAGAACAGUUGACACUAUUUAAUUAUUUGCAACUUUGCGAAACAUCAAAGUAUAAAACAACAGCAGUCCAUGAAUUGGCCAAAAGAACAAAUUUUUUGAAAGCAGUGAAUUCUAAAGGAUUUCAGAAUAUGGGAGACGAGAUUCGAGGACCUACGAUUAUUGGCUCCUUUAAGUGUAAUUAUUGCCCAUAUGAAACUAAUCUUAUAUUUGCUAUAUGGACUCACCAGUACUCCAACCAUCUACAUCUAAAAUAUGAGUCUGAAAAGAAGCCAUUUUCAUAUUGCUUUUUGUGCAAGCGCACAUUAAAUAGACGUAUACAAGUGCUCAGACAUUUAGACGCCUGUAUAGAUAAGCACAGCAAACUACCAAUUAUCAAUAAUCCUCCACCUAAACAAUGUCAUAAGUGUAUGUUUUGCGAUGAAAGUUUUGAUUCAUUGACAGAAUUUGAAAAACAUAUAUGGGGACAUGCAAAAAAGUAA